AUGCGAUGGAGUGGGGCCGCAGUAAAGCACUUGCGUGGUGUGAAGCAGCAACAUGUUCAGGAGAUGCAGGAUAGACUUUGGGGGCCGAUGAAGGGCAUGCCGGGUGAGCGAUGGUUUCUGAAGCCGUUAGAGGGCCCGAAGUAUGCUGAAUGGUACUUUCCUAGUAAAUACAACGUCCCAGAGUUCAAGGUUGGAGACUAUUUCGAGAUGCAAGCAGAGCGUUAUCAUAGGAAGAAGCACCCUGCGAUGGAUCAAUUUGACAAGGUCAUGCAUAGGGUGUAUAAGCACAAGGAUCGGAUAAGGGCCUUCCUGUCACAGCUAGAUGAGGAAUCCUUUCGGAAGGAGCCAGCGUUUCAAGACCUCCAUGCGAUGUAUCGUCUGAUGGACUCUGAGAGCCCAUUAUCGUUCCAAGUGCCCGAGAGGAUCUACCGCGAAACUCCACCGAUGUUUGGUCCGGGGUACGUCCCUGGUGGGUCUGGAAGCACCGAGGCUGCGGAAGUCGACUUGGAGAAUGGGAGGCUCUUCGAGAAGGCAACAGAUGAGCUCAUGUUCUUGAUGUCCUUACUAAAGGACAAUCUUGGAAACUUGGACUAUGAGAAGAUCGAUCGCAGAAUCACUAUGCAUGCUAGUACGCCUGCCGAGGCAAGGUCUAUGGCAAUGGACGCCCUCCGGGAGCACGAGAUACCCAUACCGUGGUCUGGCGCUGCGGACGUUCAUCUCGAGUUCGAUGAAACAGAGGUCGCUAGCGAGACGGGGCUGGAUAUCGUGGACGAGGGUUCUUCAGUACGUUCUUUGCUGGAAGAGGACAAUCUGGAAGCGACAGCAGGAAUGGAAGCUCUCGGAGGCCUGACAGAGGAGGACAUUUAUCGGGAAAGUGGUUAUGACGUCGCUGCUACAUCUAAAGAGGAAGAAAAACGGGAAGUCAACGAAUUCGACCUGCCGCCUAGCGGCGAGUUUGAUGCCGAGCUGACGGCGGUCGAUGAUGACGGUGCCGUGGAAGUACCGACUACCCCCGUCAGGACGCUCAAACAUGUUCGUCUCAAUAUGAGAUUUGGGAACUCGGACUUCUCCCCCAAACUGUUAGAGAGUAGAAAAGCAGCAUAUGUAAGUGAAGCGAUAUCCACUCAACAGUAG